CCCGCGGAAGGGAGUUUGGAGGUAGACCAAAACAAGCUGGGAUAAAGUUGUGAGAAUCGCUGGAGCUGCCGGGGGCGGAGCAGAGACUGGAUUGGAAAUGGAUCCUGACAAUCUGGACCUUGAUUCCUUGACCCUAGAUCCUGACAAGCUGAACUUACGCGCAGAAGCCCGUGUGCGCUCAGACAGCCUGAGCAGCACUGGCUCGUGUGGCAGGUUUGUGCUGCGUCAGAGAGUGGCACAGCUUAUGACCUGCAUGGAAGAUGUAAGCUCCGAUGAUGACAUACACGAAGAGCUCUCCCGAUCAAUCGACCAGGCUUUUCUAAUUUGUGGGAAAAAGAUGCCUUCAAGAAUGCAGGAUUUCAGGUUGCAUGUUGUUACUUGGAAUGUGGGCACAGCAUCGCCACCUAGAGAUCUCAGCUCCUUAUUGCUGCUUGAUUCGUCAGACUCCAAUAUCGAUAUGUAUGUCAUUGGGCUGCAGGAAGUGAAUUCAAAGAUAGUAAACUUCCUAUCAGAUUUGGCCUUUGAUGACCCAUGGAGUCUGUUUCUUAUGGACAUUUUGGCUCCUCUAGGCUAUAUAAAGCUUUCUUCUAUUCGGAUGCAGGGGUUGCUAUUACUGACCUUUUUAAAGCACAAGCACAUUCCCUUUGUACAGGACAUUCGUACCAAUUACAUCCGCACUGGACUGUAUGGCUACUGGGGUAACAAAGGAGGCGUGACCGAACGUAUGUCUGUGUACGGACAUAUGCUGUGCUUCAUGAACUGCCAUUUGCCUGCACAUAUGGAGAAUACUAACCAAAGGCUGGAUGAUUUUGAGAGGAUGCUGGAGGCCCAGCAGUUUGAUGGGGAAAGCGUUGGUGGUAUUUUAGAUCAUGAUGUGGUGUUUUGGUUUGGUGACCUGAACUUUCGAAUUUCCGACUUUGGUAUCCAUUUUAUUAGAGAAGUGGUAAAUGGUAACCGAUACAACUUGCUAUGGGAAAAGGAUCAGUUAAACAUUGCCAAGAAAAAAGAACAGUUUCUACAAGGUUUUAUCGAAGGUCCCUUAAAGUUUAAGCCUACAUACAAGUUUGAUCUGAACUCAGAUGUGUAUGAUACAAGAUGGAAGAAGUCACUGUUUGGAUUUAAUGGUAAAAAGAGAAAACCAGCCUGGACAGAUCGUAUUCUUUGGAAGAUCAAGGAAGUUUCAGAAAGUGAACAAGAAGAAUCUGCUGGCUCUGAAUUUGAGCAUAUCCUUAAAGUUCAUUUAGAAAAAUAUACAAGCCACAUGAGAUACGGAGUCAGUGACCACAAACCAGUAUCCGGAACCUUCACUUUGCAGCUAAGGCCUCUUAUCCUGGAACCUCCAGUGACUCUGAGAGCAGAGGGAGAAUGGAAUGCUGACCACGACUCUCUCAUCAGCUAUUCUGUGAGCAAGGAUUUUCCCAGCAGCACCUGGGACUGGAUUGGUCUCUACAGGGUUGGAUUUAGACAUACAAAUGAUUAUGUUACUUAUGCCUGGGUGAAAGAUGAUGAGAUUUCCUUUAGUAAAGACUCUAAUCAGGUUUACAUUAGUGCUGACGAGAUUCCUCUUGAUGGGGGUGAAUUUCUAUUGUGUUACUUCUGUCACAAUUUGCAGUGUUUGGCUGGUAUUAGUGAUCCCUUCCAGAUCCAGGCUGGUCGAACUUUUCCAGGAAAGGAGGGGUCGCCGCCAACCACUGAUGAUUCUUCCAAGUCUGACAUGUUUGUGGGUACUGGGUUCUAG